UCUUCUCACGACCGUCACUAACACACAGCACAUCCGUCGCAAUGGCUCCCAAGGCAACCAAGGCUUCCAAGCCCAGCAAGCAGGCUAACGCCGCUGCCAAAGCUGCUCUCAAGGGAGUCAACUCGCACAAGGUCCGCAAGGUGCGCAAGAGCACCAGCUUCCACCGCCCCAAGACCCUCGAGCUCUCCCGCUCGCCCAAGUACCCCCGCAAGUCGAUUCCUCACCAGCCCCGCCUCGAUGCUGGCAAGAUCCUCAUCCACCCGCUCAACACAGAGUCCGCCAUGAAGAAGAUCGAGGAGAACAACACCCUCGUCUUCAUCGUCGACGUCAAGGCCAACAAGCGCCAGAUCGCCGCCGCUCUCAAGAAGCAGUACGACGUCUCCUGCGUCAAGAUCAACACCCUCAUCCGACCAGACGGCUCCAAGAAGGCUUUCGCGCGGUUGACUGCCGAUGUUGAUGCCCUCGACAUCGCUGCCACCAAGCUCGCUAUCGUUUAAGCGAAGUUUGUGAGAUUGGGCGUAUGUGGAUGAAUAUGACGGAUCUGGGCAAUACUUAUACCUGGCUGGCAUCAUGGAAAAGCGGAUAUGAAUUGCAU